AGUUUGGAUUUGAUAUCUAGCGAGUUCUGUUAUUUGUAUUUCGUCUUUGUGAUUGGUUGAUUUCCCUUGAAAUCAAUUUUUCGUUUUCAUUAUAACUAAUAAUAAUUGUUCAAAUUACUUAGAUGAAAUCAAUUUUGGAUCUAUUGACAAAUAUUAUGAAAAGCAUGAAUGGAAUGUGGAUCGACGUAACAAAGUUACAUGUGUGUGCAAUAAAUGAUAUGACGUAACCAUUUAUAAUUAUUGAGUAGUUUGAAGAAGCUAUUUGUAAACAUAUAUUUUCUCAAGGUCCAUUCAUUUUACACUUUUCGUAACACAGGUAGGUGUCUACACAAGUAUAAACUGCGAGUCAACUGGGUCGAGAAAUGUCACAAUCAUUGAAUAUCCAUUCACGUGGACGGCAAAGUAAGAAAUCGUGUUGAGAAUAUUGCCAGAUUGUUAUAAUAUAGUGGGCUGAAUGGGAGCACGGCUCGUGUACCUUUACCUACCUUACUGACUCAAUAUUGCAUAAAGUAUUCGCUGGCAAUCGUCACAAUAGGUCGACAUUAUCAUACAAUAAAUAAAUGCGUGGUUUUAUCAGGACUGCGCGAUGAAUUUGUUUUUGUUCGGCUUAAUUGUAUAGAUAACGGUACAUUAUCGUCAGUGCCGCGGCUUCGACUCGCCGACCGGUCGUGUCUCGAACGUAAUUUACGAUAUGAAAAUGCUCAAACUGGUCAGGGGAAUACGGCGGUUGAGCGCGCAAUGCCGGCACAACAGCCACGCCGCCGUCAUCGGCACAGAGCCGAACCGAAGCGAUCCUUACUACCAAGACAAUAAGACUAAAAUGGACGAACUUGUCAAAGAACUUCGACAGAAAACCAGUGAAGUCAUCAAAGGUGGCUCAGAAGAGGCAGUCAAGAGACACACAGCUCGAGGGAAACUGUUAGUGAGGGACAGGAUUAACCGGUUGGUGGAUGAAGGCAGUGACGUUCUGGAAUUGAGCACAUUAGCCGCCACAGACAUGUACAAAGGCCAAGUGCCGUGCGCGGGUAUAGUCACUGCCAUCGGGAAAGUUCAUGGUCGCGAUUGCAUGAUAGUUGCUAAUGACGCAACUGUUAAAGGAGGAACUUAUUUUCCUGUCACCGUGAAGAAACACUUACGCGCUCAAGCAAUUGCCCAAGAAUGCCGGCUUCCUUGCAUUUAUCUCGUGGACUCUGGCGGUGCCCACUUACCCGAUCAAGCUGAUGUAUUCCCGGAUAGGGAACACUUCGGAAGGAUAUUCUAUAAUCAAGCUAAUAUGUCCGCAGAAGGCAUACCUCAGAUAUCAGUAGUAAUGGGUUCGUGCACCGCUGGUGGCGCUUAUAUCCCUAGUAUGUCAGAUGAGAGUAUAAUCAUAAAAAAUCAGGGUACUAUUUUUUUAGCGGGCCCACCAUUAGUAAAAGCAGCUACAGGUGAGUCAGUGUCUGCUGAAGAUUUAGGAGGAGCAGAUCUGCAUUGCCGUCAAUCUGGUGUCACCGACCACUACGCACAGGAUGAUGAGCAUGCGCUCCACUUAGCUAGGAAUGUUGUUGCUAAUUUGAAUUGGAAUAAUGAUCAGAAAUCGAGAAUUUAUUCUACAAAAGUUGACGAACCUGUUCAUGAUAUAAAUGAUUUGCAUGGCAUUGUUGGAGCUAACAUACAAAGGCCUUUUGAUAUCCGAGAAGUCAUCGCCAGAGUUGUCGACGGGAGCAGAUUCCAUGAAUUCAAAGAAUUGUACGGUGAUACUUUGGUAUGUGGAUUUGCGACGCUUUAUGGGCAUGCUGUGGGAAUAAUUGGUAAUAAUGGUGUAUUACAAUCGGAAGCAGCAUUGAAGGGAUCUCAUUUUAUUCAGCUUUGUGCUGCGCGAAAAAUACCAUUGGUGUUUUUACAAAAUAUUACUGGUUUUAUGGUGGGACGUGAAGCCGAAGCUGGAGGUAUUGCCAAAAAUGGUGCUAAAAUGGUGACAGCAGUAAGUUGUUUUAAAGGACCCAAGAUAACAGUCAUUGUAGGCGGUAGUUUCGGAGCUGGAAAUUAUGGUAUGUGCGGCCGAGCAUAUUCACCUAGCUUUAUGUAUAUGUGGCCCAAUGCGAGGAUAUCAGUGAUGGGCGGGCCCCAGGCUGCCACGGUAUUAUCAUUAGUUGCUAAAGAAAAGGCCUUGAGAGAUGGCAAACUAUGGACUGAUGAACAGGAAAAGAAAGUUAGAGGGCCUUUAGAAGCACAGUUUGAGAGAGAAGGUAUACCAUAUUAUAGUACCGCUAGAUUGUGGGAUGAUGGUAUAGUUGCUCCGAAAGACACUAGAAAAGUUAUUGGUUUAAGUUUAUCAGCCGCCUUAAAUGCUCCAUUUAGAGAGAGUAAAUUUGGAGUAUUUAGAAUGUGAUAAUAUGCUAAAAGUGUUUUAUUUAUAUAUUUCGAAGUAGGUGUGUUCAGUAACUGUUGGAUAAUGGCACUGUUACGCUUAUCUUAUCGUGUAUGAACGUUGGCAACAAUCUUUAUUUGAUUUAUGUCAAUAGAUUGUUUAAUCAUAUUUGUUUGUGAUAAAUAAGUGAAUUUAUUUUUAUUGUAAAUAGUUAACGGGUUUAAUAUGUAUUGUUUCAUAGCUGCAAUUUAUUUUGUAAGGGAAAUACAUACAUUCAUCAGGGUGGCUAAUUAUAGCUUCACUCAAAGACUACUUUAAACAAAAGCCAAUACAAUAUUUUACUCAGGAAUUUGAAAAAUGAAACGUCAAGAUCUUGGUGGUUUUUUUUUCUAUACAAUUUAUUUUUAUACUUAUAGUUUUAUUUGUUAUCUAAGAAAUUAUACCACCAGCCGUUUUUUAAUCAUUGUUUUUUACUUCUUAUCUCUAGUCACGAUUCAUUGUAUAAAUUUAUUACAUUAUAUACCUAGCAUGAGAUAAGUUAACCGUCGUCAAGUAUUUUUAUGAAUACGUAUCAAAUAAUUAGACGAUUAUUUAAUUGAUGUUCAUUACGGCGUUUUGUCAAUAAAUAAUUCAAUAAAGAGCUACUAUUUAAAAAUAUUUUCGUCAUUUUGGAUCUUUGCGAAUGCCACGCCUUUAUGAGACUACAUCAGAUUUGUUAUUGUUGUUGAAUUGUCUUGUUGAAUACUUAUUUAAUUCAUUAGAUUCUUAACUUUUUUUAGCAUAUCACUUUAGAAUAUUUAUUUAUCGUCAGUCGAAUUUUACUUUGUAUUCAAUGUACCUAUAUACAUAUCAAUCUUUAUCCUAUUAACGUUAGACAGAAGCAAUAGUUAGGUACAAGACAAAACUCAAAGGUAAAUUUAACCGGAUGGUGUAAGUAGGUACUAAGUAUUUUGUAUUCUAACAUACGUUUAACAGUUUGCACUUGUGUGAGCCAAAGCAUUUAAUAAUGAGUCUGAAAGACUUUAAUUGCACAAUAAAACAAUAGAAUGAACCGUUCUGUGAGAUGUCAUGCAAAUUAGAUUCGUUGACCCCGCGCAUUAUACGGGUUCAAGUUUACUAGGAAACUAAUGUCGACGUCUCCAAAAUAAAAAAAAAAUAUAUUUUUUUAACUAACUUUGAAAAUGAGGAAUCGUUGUCGAAUAGAUUUUAUUUAUUUCUAAACAAUUUAAACAAAAGUUAUGGAAUUUUGCUAAAUGCCAAACUGUAGUGCGACCAUGCUAUGCUAUGUAGCUAUUGGCAAAUGUCUAUUAAAUUGCAAGUUUGUUAUUGUAUUGCAAAAAGAUUUCGUGUAUCGCGUGUAAGUUAUUAUUACAAGUUCACUCUUAUUAAAUGUUUCAACACAUAUGAAUUCAUUCAA